CGUUGUGCCACAUAGUUUCAUAAGGUCUAUCAUUCAACAGUACAGUUCAAAAGUUUCUUCUUGCGAAAUAAAAGAAGUCAAUCAAACUACUGGCCAGGAAAUGAAUACAACAGAGCAGUGUUGGGUGCGUGAUUACGGUCUCGGGCCCAACACUUUGGGCCUUGUCCUCUGGUGUGUUCUUUAUGGACUCGGAGUCAACCUCGGGGCUGCAGCAAUGUCCGGUUGUGAACACUUUGUGGACACCCUUCGUUACCUCAACAGGACCUUCACUCUUGUGAUUAAAUAUUUGUGCUUAUUACCCGUAGCAGUGGUAUUCAUGGCUGCAAACUAUGUUAUUGAGGUUGAGGGAAACUUCAACGAGAUUGUCUUCCAACUCACAAAGUUUGUAGGCGUGGUUUUGUCCGGGCACAUCCUCCACGUAUGCAUCGUCUUACCACUCAGCUACACCCUGUGUGUGAGACGCAACCCCCUCCCCGUCAUUCUGGGGGCUUUACCGGCCAUGAAGAGAGCCCUGCUCAUCUCACGCAGCUCUGCGAUCAUGCUGACUUCACAAUGCUGUGAGGAGGAAAACAUUGUGGACAAGCAAAUCACCAGUUUCCUGCUGCAGAUCAGGAACUACUUCAACAUGGACGGAACGGCUCUUUAUGAAGUGGCGGCGGCAGUUUUCCUCACGCAACUCAACCACAUGGAUAUGCACUGGAACCAGCUGAUUUUCCUUUGUGUGACAGUAGCGGCGUCCAACAUUGGAGAUGAAGAGGUCCCAGCUACCGGAACAAUCACCACUUUCUUCAUAUUGACAGUUCUUGGGAUUCCUUUGAGAAACGCCCCCCUUUUGUUUGCAGUAGAAUGGCUGCUAGAUGCCUCCAACACUGCUGUUAACGUCCUGGGAGAUUGCAUCCGUGUGUCUGUUGUUCAGCAUUAUUCUGAAGAGCAGCUGAGCGCGGAAUGAGAAGGAAUGAGCAGCAGAAGGUUCUUUUCUUCUAAAGUACUCUAAAAUGUGUUGGCAGUACAGCACGGCUAGUGAUUUUAAAACGUUGCAGAGAGAUGGCCAUAAAAAUACUAAGUUUUAAUUUAAGCCAAUACUGAAUGAAACAAGUGUUUGCAUUUAGUCCUAUUACCAUUGAUAAAACCGUGAGUCUUUUGGCUGGAUGGGUUCCUAACCGGUGUUUAGUUCAUGUACCCUGAAUGUACUUUCUUAUUGGCAAGACCCUGCCCACAAGGUCCACCAUUAAGGUGGAACCACACUAUACUGACCUGAACAUAACACAAGUCUGAGGCAUGCUAUUUUAAAAUGUCAACAGGAACUUGCAGUGUGGGCUCUUCGUCUUCCUUCCUUCUGUGUGAGGUCCUCCCAAAAAAUGUAUUGAUAUAUAAAGCUUGUCAUAUUUGAGAUGUUGUUGCAUUAUUU